UUACUCCAACACAAGGUUACAUUAUUUCACCCCCACCAGACGCACCCUCUGCUAUAUGACAACGUCGCACACCCCGCUAACCUCAUACGGACACAAGGCCUUAAGCAGGGAACAUCGAAGAGAAGACAGAGAAGUCAAAGAUAACAUUUAGUUUUGAAGAACCUAACAGGACAUCCACUAGUUGUCAGCUAAUAUCUGGCUAUUUGAUCAAAAUGAUCAUGACUGGGAAAACACUGUUGCUGGUAUGUGUGGUUCUCUUCUUCAGUGCAGACGCAGAAGAUAAGUCCGGGCUUUACAGGAGGCCUUCCUGCGGUGACACGAGCAUCACCCAGGCGUGUCCUCUCAACUACUCACCGGUGUGUGGGAAUGAUGGAGUCACCUACCCCAACGAGUGUGCGCUGUGUGUUCACAGGCUGGAGACCAAUGCUGACAUCUUGAUAAUGAAAGAUGGAAGUUGCUGAAGAUGAUAAAUCUCCACUCUCCAAAUGAUAUUACCACAUGUAUAAUGGUUUUUUCUUCUUCUUGUGAUGUGAGAAUAGAGACCUAGUUGUUCGUAGAACAUAGAUACGCUUUGACACCCACACACGGACACAUGCACAGCAGCUCACUGAUAUGCAAACAUAGCCAUACAACACUCACUCAGUCAUGUAAUCGUUUUAUAUACAUUUGUUUUGUAUUAAAAACAUAUUUAUGUAAAAAGUAUUUAACCGAUUUUCUCCUUUGGAAUCUUUUGGCAAUAAAGACCUAGAGAUUUGA